AUGGGGGGCAGUGACACCGCAGCCAUGGGGGGCAGUGACACCGCAGCCAUGGCGGGGCAAAAUCUAAUCGUGACCUGUUCAUUACUUGUUUUUAAAGGAAUUAUUCUGGAAUACGUAGAAGGUGGUGAGUCAAAGACCAGAUCAAUAGAUCUGCUUGAUCUUAGACCUGACACAGAUGUUACAGCCUUAGUAGAAGAAAUCCAAAAAGGAGAACCUCUCAUCACAGCUUCCUGCUUGGAACAUGUCAUACAUCUAGUACAAAGAUUGCAGGAGAAGCUAGGGGAAAAACAGAAUCACAAAUUCUCUCUUUUUAAGGUGCUUAGAACACACAUAUUGCCUCUGACUAAUGUGGCAUUUAACAAAUCUGGUUCCCGCUUUAUCACUGGAAGCUAUGAUAGAACCUGCAAACUGUGGGAUACAGCAUCGGGAGAAGAGCUGCGUUCUCUGGAGGGACACAGAAACGUUGUCUAUGCAAUAGCUUUCAAUAACCCCUAUGGUGACAAGAUUGCCACUGGAUCUUUUGAUAAAACCUGCAAACUGUGGAGUACAGAAACAGGACAAUGUUAUCAUACCUUCAGAGGACAUAGUGCAGAAAUAGUAUGUUUAUCAUUUAAUCCUCAGAGCACACUGUUGGCAACUGGAAGCAUGGAUACCACUGCCAAAUUAUGGGAUUUAGAGAAAGGAGAAGAAGUAGCUACUUUAAAUGGACACUCAGCAGAAAUUAUUGCUCUGUCUUUCAAUACCACUGGAGACAGGAUCAUCACUGGUUCCUUUGACCAUACAGUAGCAGUAUGGGAUGUUGGCACUGGCAGGUUGUUACAUUCUUUAAUAGGCCACAGAGGAGAGAUUAGCAGUGCCCAGUUCAACUGGGACUGUUCUCUCAUUGUCACUGGAUCAAUGGACAAAACAUGCAUGCUGUGGGAUGCUGAGACAGGGGCACACAUAGCCACGCUGGCAGGGCACAGCAAGGAGGUGCUGGACGUGUGCUUUGACUACGCCGGGCAGCGCAUUGCAACAGCCUCUGCUGAUGGGUCAGCAAGAGUCUAUAAUGCAGGAACCAAACAGUGCAUUGCAAAGCUGGAAGGGCAUGAAGAUGAAAUUUCAAAGGUGUGUUUCAACCCUAAAGGCAAUUGCAUACUAACAGCCAGUUCUGAUAAAACAGCUCGGCUCUGGGAUGCUGCUACUGGACACUGCCUUCAGAUAUUAGAGGGUCAUGCUGAUGAGAUCUUCUCCUGUGCUUUUAACUACAAAGGUGAUACAAUCAUUACAGGGAGCAAGGAUAACUCCUGUAGAAUCUGGCACUGACAAGAAAAGGAAGAAUCCAGUUUAAUGUAUGCCAGCCUACAUUGUGAGUUUCAGAGUCAAUAAACUCAGCAUUUCAGUUCUGUUUUCUUCUACUUUCUUUGUUCACCUUCUGUUGAAGUAGAAGAGUUAUCUAAAUUUGAUAGGUUUGGCUUAGAAAUGGCAUCACAGAACUGCAGAAGUUGGAAGGGACCUCUGGAGAUCACCUAGUACAACAGUCUGCCCUGCUCAGAACCCUGUCAUCCAAGCAGGCUGCCCAGGACUGAUGUAGGUUUGAAUAUCUCCAAGGAUGAAGACUCCACAGUUUCUCUAUACAACUUGCUUAGUAUCUGAUCACUUGCAUAGUAAAGAAGAGAAGUAGGGUUGUUUUCCCUCUUACAUUUAAAUGGAGUAGUUCCUUAUAUUUCAAUUAGUGCAUGUUGCCUCUUCAUUGAGUAGCACUGAGAAGAAUCUGGUCUGUUAUUUCAGUCACCAGAGAGAAAUCGUGAUUAGUGAGAAUGAAUGCAUAGGAUAGAUCAAUUUCUUUAUGUGUAAUUUUUAACUUGUAACUUUUUAAAUAAAAAAAAGCAAUAGAGCAUUGUAGCAAUCUCAGUUGUGAACGAGUGUUGGUAUGCACUUGCUGUGAGUACUUUUGUAGUAAU